AUGGUUCUAAAGCUUAAGACGGAUCCGGAGCAGGCAAAAUCUCAUAAAACGGAUCAACUGUCUCCUUCUAAUUUUGGCAGCAGGGAGGCGACAUGUCGCGUGGCUCUAGCGACCGGUCAUUUCUUGGCAGAGGCACAGGGUGUAAACAACCCGAGGGAGGCGACUGCCGUUUUGGGGGGACGACUGGUCGUUUGGAGGCAGAGACUCCUCCUGUGCACGGAUAAAGGGAGGCGACCGGUCGCUUUGAAGCUGAGUCUCUGCUGUUGUGAAAAAAUCUAG